AUCUGAACUAGUGCUGACAUCCGGAAGUAGCCGCGCCAUAAUGGCAGCCCAAUAUUUGUAGAGUUCUAGUUUCUCGUAAUGUUUGUCCAGACCAACCUAAGGAUGUAGAGGGGAAGAAAGACACGCAUUAAACCCAGACUUUUUAAUUACGUUUGGCUUUAAAAGUAGAGUAGCAUUUAGGUUAAUCCACUAAAAAUCCUCAACUUCGCCAUCUGUUCAAUUUAUUUAUUUAAAGAAUAUGAAUCUAAAUUUAGAUCAAAAUUGAUGUUAGACAAGAUCUAUUCUGUUAUUUAGCAUGGCCGAAUUUCGCCUGGCCAUGUCCCGAUUAACGCUAAUUAAUCCCUCUUCUUGUUAGGGCAAUCAGAUGCUACAUCUAAAGACGCUACCUCUACACGUCUUCUACCUAACUCCAUCACUGCUACCUAACUCCAUCACUGCUACCAAUAACUGUUAAGUCUAGAUAGUAACUAACUAGCCAGCCUGCAAAACUCCCAUGGCCAGGUCCAUUUAACACAAAAAAAUUUAGCUGUGAAUAAAGACACGAAACGUCUUUCUUUUAAGAUUAUAAGAAAUGUGGCAUUGUGAUAAUUUGUACGGUUAACAUAAACUUCAAGGCGGCAGAGGAGAACAAACUAACAGAGUGAUAUCGCACACCCAGUGUCAUGCGCGACAACACAACAGCGUCGCCCGCGGCAUAAACCGCUGCGACAGAACGCGCGUCUCGCCUUGUGAGCGACAUCGUCUUUUAGGGCCAGUGUUCCAGCUUUGACUGUCAGUUAUGCCUACGCAGAAGAACUUUAACUUUACUCCAAGAAAUUUAACUAAGCAGGCCAUCAGGAGGUCUCUGAAGACGAAACUUACACUGAUUGGAGCAGAGAACAAGAUUCUAGUGGACACGAUCAAUGGCUAUGUACAGAAGGCAGAGGCAGUGUGCUCUAAACUGGAAGCCAGUGCUGAGAUCACACCAAUACAGUUUGCUAACGCUAUGGCCAAACUGGAGACAGUGUACUCGGCCUGUGUCAAACUGAUCCUAAUGACUGCAGAGCUAUUUGAAGAAGAGGAAAUGCCUGAAGCCCGAUCUGUGAGUGAGACUACAACUAAAGAGUCGGCCUCCUCCUCUUCUACCUCCGCCACCACUGAAGCAUCUGAAAAAUUGGAGCCAAUUACUAUGAAGCCUCUUUCCAUUGAUGAAGAGUCCAACAGACGCCUCAAAAGGUUGGAGUUGCGGUUUCACGACUUUGUCGCCAGAAAAGAGUCGGCAGAGAAACUUGCCAGCAGAGAGCGGCCCCCGUCACCCGAGCUAGAUUUUUCGCCGUCUCUUAUUGAUACUGUAAACAAGAAAGUCGCUGAAUUGCGCCAAAAGGAUCGAGAGAGACCGGAACCAAAGUUUUCGACCAUCUUGGAUGCUUUUAGAAAGAAAGCCGCAGAAUUGGAAACGAAGGAUGUAAGCCCGCCAAAAGAGUUGAUCAGUCGUCCAGAUGUCAGCGGUGAACUGGAUAAUUUUAUUGAGUUCCAAAGGUUUCUUCAUGGAUUGGACAAGAUGGAUGACACCAGUAGAUUAAGACAAGUCUUACCAAAGAAAGUAUCCUACCAGAUGACUGCAGAAAGAUGCAGAAAGGAGCAACAGGUUCAGACAUCUCAGGAAAAUUCAUGGUCGAAAUUCUCUCCUGGAGUUCCCGAAAAUGAGAUGUCCUCUGACCAGGACUUGCAGUGCAGCAUCAUUAGGAAGCUGGAACAUCUAGAGAUGGCGAUCUCGAGGAUGUCACGGUGUGUCCCUGAAGGAUUCGCAGAAGAGAGCAGACAGACGGUGCAGCGUGAAGAAAGCGGAUGCAAAACGGAGAGACAUAGUAAACAUAAAAGCAUGGGCUCUCCUUCGGUUGUUUGCGCGGAGCAGAAAGUUUUAAGCAACGCCGAAACGCAGGAAGCUGGCACCUCAUCGUCUUCUGCAUCAUUCGGCCAAUUGUCUAGAAAUAUCGUUUUAGAACAUUGCGAAUGCUGUAAAAACGCGUACGCAGCCAGGGGCGGCCACGCCGACGACUCCGCUGAGUGCAGAAUUCUUCAAUUCAGCGGGGAUAAAACAUUUGCCGGACUAAAAGCGUUGCCCUUAAAACAGCAUUGCCCUCUCUGCCCAUGUCUGCAUUCCUCUCCGCUGCAGCCACCUGACCCGUCAGGUGGGUAUCACCAAGCAAGCCAUCCUCACUCCAACGUGACGCUAAACAGAAAACUAGGCGCGCCCGUUAAAGACACGCCUUGGCAAAAGAAUCAACAACCUAUAUUGGAUUCUGUGACUCAUGGAACACAUGCUUCUCUGAAUACAACAGCUGCUUAUCCAGAUACAAAAAAAGCUUAUCCAGAUACUAAGAAUGCUCACGAAGAACUUUUAAGUGAUAAGGAUCGUAUCGACAUGAUUGGCAAAAUCGUGGAAAUGGUUAGCGCACAGUUGUUACCGAUGUUAAAAGAAAGGACGUCUUCAAUUUCCAGUAGCCCUAAAUUCCAACCGGAAGGAAAUUCGGUUUUAAAUGCCCCAACCUCACCACUGCGCAUGCUCAAACGACCUCACUCUGCACCUAGUGUCAAAUGGUCCGACGAGCGUCGGUACAUGGCUUCUUUCUACGGAACCCACGGAUGUGACAAUAACACGCAUUCGUCUUUGUGUCCCAAAGCAGAAACCACUCCAAUAGUGGUCACUCAAGCACCGUCACCAGCCAAUGAAGGAAGCCUCACCCAGACCUCAAAGUUGACGCAUUCCGCGGCGUCGCAGAUAUUUCUCACUGCUGUCAAUAGUCAGGACAGCCAACAAAUGCAGAGCAGUCAAAGCACACAGACUUACUACAGCCUGGAGCAGCAGAUGCAGGAACUCCGAACAUCAUUGAAGGACAUUCAGAGCAUGCAGACAAUGCAUCAUUCGAAUGACAAUCACGCAGCCGACGAGCCAUACGUAGCUGAUAAGCAGCCAUACGUAGCUGAUAAGCAGCCAUAUGUAGCUGAUAAGCAGCCAUACCUAGCUAAUGAGCAGCCAUACAGAGAUGAGACACAGAGUAAUAAAAUCGAAAAAGGAAAACCCAGCACUAGUAGCCCGGGUAUGUCCAAUAACAACCCAGAAUCCUCACAGUUUGAAGGUCUUAGGCCUGACUGUCUAAAGCUAAGGGAAGAAACUUAUCCGGCUGAAAAUCCAUUGACGAUAGAGAUACACGAUUACCAACGCAUGGUUUCAAAGAAUAAUCUUUACCCAGGGAAGAGUUACCAAGUUGAAAAAGAGAAAGAGAGUAUGAGGCAGCAUGCUAAAUCUCAAAUGCAGAGGCUCAGACUCAUGCGCGGUUACAGGUCGCAUUCCGCGCCAAAAGUACAGAUGAAACGGUCGCAAGCAAGCAACACUCCUUGGGCAUUUAAGUGUAAGUGUCAGAUGAACACCACAGAGACCAACGGGGCAGAGAUGGUUGAGGAGGAGAACGCAAACUUCAAUGAAGAAACCGGAGACUUCGAUGAUGGAUUCUUAUCCGACAGACGCGUUCACUUCCAUUGCCGCAUGCCACCCGUUAGCCUGCCUGGCCCAGACGGCACGGAAGUGGACUCGUCAAGUUCCAGCACGCUUUGCAAGAAACCCACCAGAAGCCUACCUUUUAAAAGGCCUGGCCUUAGAUUGGUGGAAGUCGGGAGAAAUGAUACGCCUAUACCAUCGAGGCUGUCACGUCAACUUCCUGAGGCAUGGAACGAUGGCGUACACAAAUCAAUAGCAGACAUAUCGUACGGGGGUGAGAAACGUAGGCCUACAAACUACGGAGGCCUCGUCAAGGCUGAAGACAUGGAAGUUAAUCAAAGUCAAGAUGGUUACCUAAACCCUAAGGACAAACUGGCCACAAGUGAAGAUGCAGAAGUGGCCAGAUAUAACACGCGUGACGCUACCAACAAUAUAUCACUGAUGGAAGAACGAGAUGGGCUGAAAAAAUGUCGCCCCAAAUCCACAAAGACCAUCUGUAUCUCCAAUUUGCCGCUAGACUUGCAGGAGAUACGACUCCUCUACCUCUUAAAGCCUCAUGGUCACGUGACCAAAAUAUAUUUCAUCAAGCAUAGGACAACGGGAGAGUUUCAGGGAAUAGCCUAUAUUAAAUUUUCCAGAGAAGAAGACGCCGCUGCCGCAGCUAAAGCUAUUCACAAGACAGAUAUAGAUGGACACAUAGUCCACGCAAAAAUGCACAAUGUUCAAGGAAAAUAAACAUUUCAGUAACUAAAUUUAUA